AUUUAUUUUACAUAAGUCUCUCGACUGAAACGCACCGAAAUGUAUAGUUUAACAUUUUUGAUUUUGGUAUUUGGUAUUUAUAAUACAAAUGCGUUUGACAAAUUGUGUGAUGAUUGUAUACCGAAAUGUUGUCCAGAAAAUCAGUUUGUCUACAAAAGAAAAAGCUGUGUUGCUCCUAAAAAACUAAUGGAUUUAAAUAUUUCUAGUUAUCCUGUUUUUACUCAGAAUAUUCGUAAUACGGGAAAAAAAUUGGGGGAUUAUUUUAAAGUUUCACCCGGAAAGUUUUCUGAUGCUUUGUUUAUGACUGACGCGCUGAAUGUGAAGCGUGUUGGGAUCCUUCCUUAUUUAACGGAGGACCGCUCUGUGUUCCUGGAGAUGCCCAAUGCAUUCAAAAGGUGGAUGCAGGCGAAGCCAGCUAACUAUUGCCUGGACUUCAUAUAUCCCGGGAAAGAUAUCCAUGUUUGGGCUCGUAUUGAGAGUACGGACGAGAUGCUUGAAGCGAGCGUUUACUUGACUACUGGAAUGAUAAUAUCGUGCGUGUUCCUGGUCCUGGUGCUGGUGGUGUACUCCCUGCUGCGGGAGUUGCGCAACCUGUGCGGGAAGGUGCUCAUGGCGUACGUGUUCUGUCUCCUCAUGAGCUUCGCUCUUCUCAUCGUUAUGCAAGAGCGCGACCUGGAUGUCGCACAAUGCUUGGGAUUCUCAUUCGCAGUGUAUUUCUUCUUCAUCGCGACCUUUUGCUGGAUGAACAUUAUGUCGUACGAUAUCUGGUGGACGUUCAGAGGCUACGCCAAAGCUCGACCCAUACAUCGUCGCGGGGAGAACUUCAAGUUCUGCAUGUAUUCUUUGUAUGGCUUUGGAGUACCAUUGGGCAUGACCAUUUUCUUGGGAGUAAUCAACAGUGUCGACCUCAGGCACAUACCUUGGUUCGUCACUCCCAAAAUUCCUGAGAGAGGAUGCUUCCUUGAAGAUGGGCAAAAACUUCUGUACAUGUACGUGCCAAUGCUGAUAAUGAAUCUGUUCAACUGGGUGUUCUUCCUGAUGACUGCCUUCAACAUCUGGCGGCUGAGCAGGGGCACGGCUGUGCUGGACUCCGCCGCCGCCGGCACUCCCGCCGCGCAUCGCUCGCAGCGCCACAGGCUGAUGGUGUACCUAAAGCUGUCAAUCCUGAUGGGCCUGAACUGGGUGCUGGAAGUGGUGAGCUCGUUCAAGCCGCAGCUCCGCGUGUGGUACAUCACCGACACCUACAACAUGCUCAUCGGCCUCUCCAUCUUCCUCAUCUUCGUCUGCAAGAAGAAGAUCUUCAGGAGACUUGCAGAAGAGAUGCAGUGCUGUCGCCGCCGCCAGUGGUCACCGUACUCCAAGAGUCGCUCCACUUCCACCACAGUGUCCAACAGCAGCCAGGAUGUUCCACAAAUUUCUUUUAAUCCAAAAGGAAGUAAUUUAAAUUGACUUCCAUGUGAAGGGGACCGGGAUGAACUGUGAAUGGUUAGAAGGCAAAUAAUUCGUGAAAAUAAAAUGUUUGCGUUCGCGUGUACAAUGCAAUUGUGUAUAAGUAUGUGUACUGUUUGCAGCGUGAAAGAUAAAUAUCGACAUGUGCUGUUUGUAGACUGUCGUUUACAGUUAUUUUUUAGUGCUAUAACUACUAUUUUUAUGUAAAGUAAGAUAAUUGUUAAACUCCAUACAGUCAAAACCCCUUAUUCAUAUAUUAAGAUAACGUCAUAGUCGUACAUGGCGCAACGAAUUACUCUCGCAAUACAGCGAGGGAAUGCCGCCAGCGUUAUGGGCACAUUUGCACCAGGUGCGUCACGGGGCGGUCUUUUUUACUAAGUUUGUAAUAAGAAAAGAUUUGUAUUUUUGUUUUGACUUUGUAAUUAAAUUUAAAACUUUAGAUAACUACUUUGUAUUAAAUAAUGAUAAAUAAAAUAAAUUUAAAAAUA